UCGGUCUAAAAAGUGAGUAUAAAGGCCCCCUUUUAUAGGCAAAAGAGUUUGCCACUGUUGGGGAUUGCUAUGAGGAGAAGUCAAUCAAAUAAAAGUCUGCUGGGUGCAGUUUUUGUCCAGUCAAUGGUUUGUCAGCUUGCGACAAUUAAUUGUCUCUUCUUGGACCCCAUCAGCUAGUGAAACAAUCAUUUAAAACCAUGUUUGCUGCUAUGGAGUCUCUGAUCUGCUUAAUGAAGGAGGUUGACCAUCAAGAGAAAGCUGCAGAACAGGCAGAUGAGGAAUCUGCUAUUGGGGGACACGGCAUACUUCAGAGAGUGGAUCAUCUGAAAGAAAUGCUGAAACACGCCAAGGAAGCAAAUGACAUGCAUGCUGGAGAAGUGUAUGGUGAGAAGGCUAUUUUGACAACGGAGGUGAAAGAGCUCCAGUCUCGCCUUCUCAACUUGGCAGAUGAAAGGGAUAAAUCUCUUGCUAUUCUUGAUGAGAUGCGACAAAUUCUUGAGGUACGUCUAGAUGCUGCCAAGAGGAAUAGGGAAGCUGCUGAGUAUGAAAAAAUGCAAAAAGAAGAGCUUGCACGGAAUGCAUUGGCUGAACAAGAACUUAUUAUGGAGAAAGUAGUCCGAGAAUCAAACAUUUUGAAGCAAGAGGCCGAAGAAAAUUCUAAAUUACAGGAGUUCCUUGUUGAUCGUGGACGUGUUGUAGAUAUGUUGCAAGGAGAGAUAUCUGUUAUAUGUCAGGAUGUGAGGUUGCUAAAAAUGAAAUUUGACAAUGGAGUUCCUCUGAGUGAAUCAUUUUCUUCUGGCCAGACAAGCUGCAUUUUAGCAUCUUCAAAUUCAUCUUUAAAAAGUAUGACACCUGAGCCUGCGUACCAAGCAGCUGAGCCUAUCAAUUCAUCUGAUGAACAUGAGGAGCUAGGCAGUGCGAGUCAAACCAGAGAUGGUGAACAUAAAGAUGUUACUGCAGAUGAUGAUUGGGAAAUUUUCGACAACCAGGAGUUUUGCACGUGAAGGAAAGAUGCCAUCAUAGAAUUGAGAUCAAACUCUUAUAGAUAGCCAACCAUCCUUUUUAUUAUCAAGUCAUUGUAUAAAACUUUAUAGAAUGUUAGGUACUUGUAUUGGUGCAUUUAUUCUAGGCAAACCCAAAUUUGGGUUUUCGGGGAUAGUAGUUUUUAGAAACUUGAUUUCCCCAUGGUUUAUCUUGAGUUUUGUUAAUCCUCGGAGUUUUCGUAUAC